UGUUGUCCCCGGCACAGUUUCGCUUCCGGUGGGGUUAGUGAGAGAAAACUACCACGAUUUAAACCGUGAUAGUGAGUUUACGGUUGUGUUUUCAGCUUCUUAAUCAUUUAGUUACGAGUCGACGCUUUGAAUACGAUGUGAAUAUUGAUUAAAUUGGUGAUUUAUAUCUUUUUAAAACAACGUUGAGCAGAGUUCGCUCCACGCGUCCUGCAGGUUGUAACCUUGGCCUGAAUGACUGCAGCACGGACGAGGGCUCUUCGGUGUUUCUUUUGGUUCCUCUACUGAAAUAUUAAAAUGUCAGGUGUGUGUCGUGGAUUGAGACUAUUCCCUGUCAAGGUUCUGACAGAAACAACACUUUUGUCGCCUUGUUCAUGGUUUGUGUCUGCACGCAGCAAAUUCACAAAAGCAAGAAUCCCACCAGAGCUUUUCGCAGAGAGAUCCAAAGAACAUGAGAAAUAUGGAGGAGAUCCAGACCAACCACAUAAACUGCACAUAGUGACACGAGUGAAAAGUGUAAUGAGAAGGCCGUACUGGGAGAAAGAAAUGGUGAAAACCCUUGGGCUUGACAAGGCACAUGUACCUGUGAUUCACAAAAACACACCUGCAGUCAACAGCCAACUGAAAUUUGUCAAACAUCUUGUAAGGAUCCAGCCGCUGAAGACUCCCUAUGGACUCCCCGCUGAAGAGGACAUGGCCGACACCUACAUCAACAGCAAAGGAGAGCUGAUUGUUCGACGUCUUCUUCAACCCGUCGAACCAAAAGCUAUCGAAUCUUAGCUUUGCUUUCAAUCGUGUGUUAUUAUUUCAAUGUUCAUAAAAUAUCAUGGAAAAUCAUC